AUGGUAAUUGGAAAUAUCAACUCAUCCAAUCAAGACAUUGAAAAAGUGUUAAAAGAACAACUUAACCUAAAAAUUGACUUCUUCCUUUCUCACAUCAAAGUCAACAAAAACAAUACCUCCUUUUUCCACCUCAUCGAAAGCAAAAACAACCCAAUCAAAUCAAAGCUACUCCAAUCACCAUACUAUCGUAUUAAGAUUAAGUCUGCAACAAAAUCAAAAAAUCAUCCUAACAACAAAAUCAAUCAAUUAAUCAAUGAAGAUAUGUCCAGGGUCUCCACUGAUAAAGAAGUUGAUAACAACAUUACCAAAAUGAAUCAAUUAAUCAAUGAAUAUUUUUCGGGGUCCGCCACUGAUAAAGAAAUUGAUACCAUCACUACCAUAAUGAAUCAAAUAAUCAAUGAAGAUUCGUCGGGGAUCUACACUGAUAAAGAAUUUGAGAACUUCAUUACCAUAUUCAAUCAAACGAUCAAAAAUGAUUGUGCCGACUCUAAUGAUCAAGAUGAUGAUCACAAAGAAACUAUUUCUGAUAACGAAUCUAACAAUCCAACUAACACAUUAGAUAAAAAUGAAAUAUCUAAUGAUGAAACAAACAAACAAAUAAAAAACCAAUCACCUCAAGAUGACUAUAAAUCAUCAACCAACAAACCCUUAAGAACAUCCAGGGUUAACGCACUAAACAACAUCUUUACAAGAUUAACUUCACAAAAUUCCAAAAAUGAAACCGCCAUAACAAAUACGAAAACCACUACAAAAAGUAACCGUACUCGAAAUGUUAGCCAAAUAUCCACACCAAUCAAAUCCACUACGUACCAAUCAGGUAGUCCGAAAUCACCUGCUAUUGAACAAAAAUCUAAGAAAAAAAAAACUUCUUAA